AUGCCGCUGUCAAAAGAAGAUUUGGGCGGUCUUAUCACCGCGCGCACGGCCUUCAUACAAGAUGAUGCCUAUUCGAUUCCCGAUUUCACGAGCGUCAUCGAGCUGCACACCGAAGAUGGUUCGCAGGAGCGUGCCGAUUGGCUAAGUCAUAUCGACGCGCUUUCAAUUGCCAUCGAGGAAAGGAUGGAACCACCGCCGCCGCCGGGUUUGGCCAGGGACUCUCCCCCAAAGAAAGCCCCAGUCAAAGGAAAGAAACUGAAGCUGGCCAGUGCCGAGGAACCGAGGAACAUUUCGGACGUGCUAGGAGGAUCAGAAGCGUUCCAACGGCGGCUUGCCGAGAGAAAGCAGCGGAUGCUUGAUCUAGAAGCAAACGGCGCUGAGGAUUCGAGCCGGACGAAGAAGAAAACAGCUGGUCGACCACGAGACACGCUUGUGGAUGACCUGAUCGUCACAGAGAGUUAUAAAGUAGACGGGAAGCAGAAAGUCUACACAUACUGCAUUGCGUGCGACCACUGUGAGGUGUUCCGUAAUCCCGGUCGGAUACGAAAGCACGCUGCAAUUGAUUGCAAGGAGAUCGCAAAGCUGUUUCCAAAGCUGCACAAGGAAGUUUGUGAAGUCCUUGCUGCUAACAGCAAAGGGACACUUCCCCGAGUGCGCACAAUUGUGAAGACAGCAGCUGUCUCUCCGAUCGCGCCACCCGGCGCUAUGGCAACGAUGCCCAUGGAUGACAUGGAUGCAGAUCGAGGUGCAUCCGCGACAGAUGUGGAAAUGCUAGAGCCAACGGGUCUUUCAUCGGCGGGAUCGACACAUCAUGGAACGAUCCGUGAAUACUUCGAGCCAAUCAAGAUGACCGAUGUUCGUCAGGCUGCGCUCGACCUCGCACUUUUUCAGCUGGUCAUCUGCGCUGCCCUUCCUUUCUCAUUCGUCAAGAAUCCCUGGCUGGUCAACCUUCUUCUUAUCGCAGUGCCCAACUACAUCACCCCGGAGCGGACAGCAUUCUUCACACGCCAGAUUGCUGAUCAGGUUGCUGCGUUCAAGAUGCAUCUUCAGGCCUUCCUCCAAAACCGAUUCUACCUCACUCUCUCACUUGAUGGCUGGAGUAGCCGCGGGAACGACGAAAUCUACACGUUCCAUACCACGCUACCAAGUCGCCGUUCCAUCUUCACAUUGGGACACGUGUUCAAGGCUGUUUCGGUGACUGCGGAUGCCCUUGUCAGCGUUGAUAGGCUGGCUACCAGACGCACUCUGCACCAACUCUGUAAGGGCGUAUUUUUGCGCUUUUUACAGAGUUUACUCUUGAACCACUCGGUGUAUCGUGUCGCGGUUGACAGUGUUGCACUCAGUAGGACUUAA